CCGGAAAAGACCCGGAUGGAAGCCUCUGCGCCUGCGCAGGAGGAGGGAACCAUCCGGAAAAGACCCGGAUGGAAGCCUCUGCGCCUGCGCAGGAAGAGGGCACCAUCCGGAGAAGACCCGGAUGGAAGCCUCCGCGCCUGCGCACCACCUAGGCGAAGACCCGGAUGGGAGCGUCUGCGCCGGCGCCAAAGGGACUCGACCAAUCGGAGGAGAGGACGGCUCGGCUGCGACGCGCGACGCAUGCGCAGCGCGGAGGGCGCCUUGUUUACCUCAGCGAGGACAAAAGGAGCAAGGAAGGCUGUGUUCUCGCGAGAGUUGGAAGCUGCUAGUCUUCAGGGCUUGUGGGAGAAACGGGACUUCCUGAGAGACAUGGAAGGAAGCAGAGAAGCGCCAGGCAAAGUCAGCCGGUGGUUUGGCGUCACCAUGCCCAAGUCGAUGAAGACCAACGUGAACAUCCUCCACCAGGAGAAGCUGAUCGCCCAGAAGAAGCGGGAGAUCGAGGCCAAGAUGGAGCGGCAGGCCAAGCAGAGCCACUUGGCCCGGCAGCAGCCCUCGCAGGCCAGCGACGACGAGAGCGGCGAGGGCGAGAGCACCGUGUCGAACAAGUUUGCCAACGACGGGAGCUUCCUCCAACAGUUCCUCAAACUGCAGAAGGAGAAGUCGGGAAGCGGCGCGUCCUCCAGUUCCGCCGAGUCGUCCUCCGCUGCGCAGCCCCCUCCGGCCAAGAAGCCCCCGCUGACCGGGAAGCGGCCCAACCUGAGCGUGAGCAGCAUGCUGAGCCAGGUCAAGAACUACACCCACGCCAAGCAGACGCCCGUCACCAACCGGCUCAGCGUUUUCCAGUCGCCGGACGACGAGGAAGAAGAGGACUACGAGCAGUGGCUGGAGAUCAAAAUUUGCCCCCCAGAGGACCUCAAGACCCGCCGGAUUGUGGAGAAGCUGGCCCGCGUGGUGGCCGACGGGGGGCCCGAGAUGGAGAAAGUGGCCCUGGAGGACUGCAAGGACAACCCCAACCUGGCAUUUCUGCACGAUAAGAACAGCCCAGAGUUUCUGUACUACCGAAAGAAACUGGCGGAGAUGUGGAAGAAAAGCCAGGACCCCGAGGAGACCUCCUCGUCCCAAAAGGUUUCGCCCCCAGACGAGCGGGAGAGGCGGGACCGCGGCGAGAAGCUGGCCCGGGGCGUGGCCGACGGGGUCCCCGUGGUGGAGGCCGUGGCCCUGAAGAACCACCGGGAGAACCAGGCCUUCAGCUCCGGCCACAAAUACCACCGGCAGAAGCUGGACGAGUUCCGGAAAGGCAACGAGAGCGCCGAGGGGCCGCCCCCCGCCGCCGCCUCCUCCUCCGACCCCCACCCCAAGCGCAAGGCCGACCCCGAGGCCACGCCCUCCUCCGCCUCGCCAACCACCCCGCCACCACCAUCGGCAAAGGCCGUGUCCGCGUCGGCCGCCAAGAAGAAGCGGAAGAGCCGGUGGGGCCCCGAGGAGGAGAAGGUGGACCUGCCGCCCCCGGAACUGGCCCAGCAGACGGAGGAGCCCUCGCCCACCCCGCUCUCCGUCCAGGACCUCAAGGGUCUCGGCUACGAAAAGGGGAAGCCGGUGGGCCUGGUGGGAGUGACGGAGCUGUCGGACGCCCAGCGGAAGCAGCUGAAGGAGCAGCAAGAGAUGCAGCAGAUGUACGACCUGAUCAUGAAGCACAAGCGGGCCAUGCAGGAGAUGCAGAUCAUGUGGGAGAAGACGGUCAAGGGCCACAAGUCCGGCUACGACAGCGACGAGGAGGUGGACAGCGAGCUGGGCACCUGGGAGCACCAGCUGCGGCGCAUGGAGAUGGACAAGACGCGAGAGUGGGCGGAGCAGCUGACCCAGAUGGGCCGCGGGAAGCACUUCAUCGGGGACUUCCUCCCGCCGGACGAGCUGGAGAAGUUCAUGGAGACCUUCAAAGCCCUCAAGGAGGGCCGCGAGCCGGACUACUCGGAGUACAAGGAGUUCAAGCUGACGGUGGAGAACAUUGGCUACCAGAUGCUGAUGAAGAUGGGCUGGAAGGAGGGGGACGGCCUGGGCAGCGACGGGCAGGGCAUCAAGGCCCCCGUCAACAAGGGAGUGACCGCCGUGGACGGCGCCGGGUUCGGGAUCGACCGCCCGGCCGACUUGAGUAAAGAGGACGACGAGUACGAGGCCUUCCGCAAGAGGAUGAUGCUGGCCUACCGGUUCCGGCCCAACCCGCUGAACAACCCCCGGCGUCCGUACUACUGAUCCGUCCGACAACGGAGCCCUGGUUUGUUUGUUUACUGUCCUAAACAACGUCGAUCCACCCGACCUUUUUGCUUGGAAAUCCCCUCUUGUUUGUUAUUAUUUUUUAGGAUCCGAUCCGUUUAGUUUCCCGGCGAAGACGGACCCGAAACACGGGAACGUUUCUCAUCCGUUUCCCUACAAAACACAAUUCUAUGAGAGGAUAGUCUUCAAGGGCAAGACCCCAAAGGCAGCGCAAGUAGUAGUCCAUCCUUUACCCCCCCCGUUUUGAGGCUCAAAAUGUAAGAAUUUGGAAGAAAUCACGACACGGGAAAACCCGGAGCGGAUCCAACGCCCCGCCGAAGCCGGACUCCACUCGUUUCGCCCCCAAAUUGUACCAAUUUCACAUAUUAUUAUUAUUAUUAUUUUUGGCAUGUAUCCGCUUGUUUGUUUUGGGGGGGGUUUGUUUCAAAGAAUGAUGGUUAGAGUUAAUGUUUUGUUUUUUUUUUGGCUUUGGAAGAACUUAAUAAAGCGAAUAGAAACAAC